GCCCACCCCGAUUCAAAGUAAAGUAUGAAUGUCCGUUUAAUUGGCCUGGGGAGAUGUCCUGUUGUCUUCGUUGAACAUGAGGUCCGAAUUAACACCGGGUCAUCAGAGAUACUGAGCCAACAAUAUCAAGGACUUCCAAGCUCCUGAUUGAAAACGACAUUUUUACUUUGUUUCAUUUCCUAUCCUUUUUGUUGGUCAAUCCCAAAGGUUUAAUUUAGGAAUAUUUCUGCUGCAUAAACCUAUCAAUUAUUGACAUAUUUCAGUUCACCAGUUCAACCAUCUCAAUGGCGUUUUUAAUGAAAAAGAAGAAGUUCAAGUUUCAAAUCCAUUUUACAUUGGAGGAGCUCACAGCCGUGCCGUUUGUCAACGGGGUACUUUUCUGCAAGAUCCGAUUGUUAGAUGGUGGGGACUUUGCCAUCUCAUCAUCCAGGGAGGAGGUUCAGCAGAACUGUGUUCGUUGGAAAAAGAAGUUCUCUUUCGUCUGUAAAAUGAGUGCCAAUCCUACCACUGGAGUCCUGGACCGAUGCAUCUGCAGGGUUUCUGUACGCAAGGAGCUUAAAGGAGGAAAGACGUUUUCAAAGCUGGGCUUUGCUGACCUCAACAUGGCAGAGUUUGCUGGCUCAGGCUCCACCGUGCACUGCUGUAUUCUCGAGGGCUACGAUACCAGGAACACUCGACAGGAUAACUCCAUUCUCAAGGUUACUAUUGGAAUCACACUUUUGUCAGGGGAUCCCUGCUUUAAAACUAGGCCCCCCAGCACGGCCAAGUCCGUCUCUAUCCCGGGCCAGGACCCCUCCCUGCAGCUGGACUGUAAGGGCGAGGGCACCGAUGCCAACUAUAACCCUCCCCCAGGGGGCGUCACCAGGACAUCAUCAGGACGGCCCCUCAAACCCAGACUCCCCUCAGCUCCUCUCAACUCUGGUCUACCGAGGGAGCAGUUGGAACAGAACCUGUCCAGCCCAGAUGAAGUGUUUCACACAGGACACUCUCGGAACUCCAGCUACGCCAGCCAGCAGAGCAAGAUAUCAGGCUACAGCACGGAACACUCUCGCUCCUCCAGCUUGACAGACCUCACCCACCGCCGCAAUGCCUCAACCAGCAGCAGUACGUCCGGGAGCCUGGGCACCCCUACCCAGAUCCCCCUCGCAGCAGACCCCCAGACACCAGGAGAGCCAGGCACCAAGCCUGAGAGACCCAUACGGCCCCUACGGGCUGUCCUGCUCUCCAAUAGACCCUCCAGGAGGAAGAAGGACUCUGUGGAAAGCCACCCCACCUGGGUGGACGACACGCGCAUCGACGCCGACGACAUUGUGGACAAGAUCAUCCAGAGCCAGAACUUUGCUGAUGUCAACAACCAUAAAGAAGACAGCAACCUCAGACUGUUUGUCAGCAAAGAUGGGACUACAGCCCUGAGUGGGAUACAACUGGGAAACAGGGUGAUUGCUGGUGUCUUUGAGCCAGUAGUGAUCGAGAGCCAUUAGCGAUGCAGAUGGAGGUCAAAUCACUCUACCCCCCUCCCUCCAUCUCACUCAUUCCCUCAGCUGGUGGGAAAAGGGUACAUGAGGGACACUGAAGACAACUCCACUGUUUUGAACUGUUUUGUGUGUGUGUGUGUGUAUGUGUGUGGCUGCCUUUUGAUCUACACCACUUCAACAAACACCACUAGACAACAGAUGUAACCCUUUAAUCAGACAUUUAAUCAGAUAUUUAAGGUGAUGUAGGUGGGGCGAAUGAAUAAUCCCUUAAUGUAGGAAAGCUUUUAAACUCGAUGCUUUCGUCUGGGGGGCCGUAGGUGUAAAGUGUGCAAAGUACUUGAUAGAGAGAGAAAUGGGAAACCAUCGCAUUGUGGACAUUGUAGUGCAACACUGAAAACCAGGAAAAGGCAUUGGAGUCAAAUGUGGCUGGAACGUUAUGGUUUACCCCCUGUCUAUCAUUUCCUGUAUCAAUUCAAAUGAGGGGAGCUAAAACCAAGAAAGAUGUGGAGAAAUUGAACAGACCAUUUGAACUAGGCUUCAAUGGGUGGUUUUCAAUGAGAAAUGUUCUAUUUGCGAUGAACCCCUUGCAAUCCUCAGAUUCCAGAACAACAGCACAACAGCACUAGACCUGGGGCUAAAGUUACUGUAUAGCCCAAAUAACCCAUGUUAUAGAAUUAUAAAGUUAUAGAAUAUAUGCAUAUCAGUAUGUAAUAUGACAAUAGAUAAUAUUUAUAUACGGACCUGAGAAAGAGAAAGGUAUGCACAUGUGGCUGGCCAUAUGCAACUGUAUAUACUGCCAUUGUCUAGGUGUGAUUCAUCAAUUACUCUCGGUAAAUGCAGGUAGGGUUGGUAAUCGAUGAGUCUAGUCUACGCCCUUGGUCCUCUCCUCCCUUGGCUCUUUUACAUAGUCUGCUUUACGUCCUUAAUGUAAAAUACUAUCCUGAAGUUCACCAGCUGGCUUGGUGUCUAUACUGUAAAAGUAGGAAAAUCAGACUCAACUUUUCUUGGUUUCUCUAUUUUUUGUUGUUAGUCAUGUGUCUGUCUCAGGAUAUAUGGAUGGUGGGUUACUCUGUACUGUUUUGUCCCUGGCCUGUCACUCAUCUGUCAUGUAUGUCACACCUAAUUGAUUUGAGUCACCACGCCCAUGACAUCAGUCCAUGUUCUCAAGGACAGGAGCUGUCCGUAAUCAGGUUUCACAAAUCCAAAUCACUUUUGGAUUGGUGUUCUCAACAAAGCAAUAUUUACAGUGUGAUGCAGAAGGAAACUCGACCGCAUAUUAUUUCAAACUUGCUUUCUCGCUGCAAGGGAAGAGUAUUGUUUUUUUUAAACCUGGUUACUGAUUUUGAUUGAAUUGGGGCCCAUAAUAUGUUGUUAAGUUACUGAAGUGGGGUACUAAAGUUAGCCAGCUAACAUCAUAAUCCUUCUCUGUGAAGCACUUUCUAUGUGGCUUUGGCCACUUAAGUCACAAUAUCACAUUUCUAUGUGGCCAAAGCAAAAUCAACGUACAAGUGAAUAAGGGCUGUAAUGAUACAACUGACAGUAUCUGGUCAUCUUCUCCAAAAAUGACCAAGCUAUUCUAUUUCCUGGUUGGGAAAUGUAAUUUAAUUUCUGUCGCCCCCGGAUCUUGAAUGUGUUAGAAGAACAUUGCAUUGUAGGUAUGGUGUAGUCAGAGCCAAUCAGAGCCAAUGAGUCAGUCUCAUGCAGCUGGCCCAUGUGGCACAAUGCACCUGGUGUGCACUGGCUUAACAAUGGAGGGUUUUCAGAAGAAGCUCCACCCUCAUCCCCAAAUGAACAAUGUCCUUUUGUUUGCGUGUUUGAGCCUGUGUGCCUGCGUACGUCUUUGUGAGGGAGGGAGAGGGAACGAAAAUGUGGGAGUUUGUGUGUGUGUGUACGUCUGCAUAUUGUGCGUGUGUAUGUCCGUGUGUGUGUCUGUCUGCACAUGCAUGUUUGUGCAUGUGUGUAUGUCUGUGCUGCAAACGAAUGUGCGUGUGCAAGUCGAAUUGUUUAUGUGUGCUGAAAUCAGAACAGCUUGCCACUCGCCUGUCUUCCGGUUCUUGACCCCUGAGUAUCCUUUCAGUUGAUCUGAGUCAACUCAGCAGGAAUACAGACCUAAUGCAUAGCCUGUCUUUUCGCCCUUAGUCUGCUUAAUUAAAAUGUCAUUCAAAGGAAAAAGUGACAAUGGGCUUUUAUCUACCCACACGUAGCCUCUACAUACUGUCUUAUUUGCACCACACCGGACAUUCAUAGCGCACUGAGAUUUGACAUUCGGAGGCAUAGAGAGAAAACGUCCAAAUUCUUGGCCCUUGAAAAAUAAAAUUUUGUAUUUUUGUGCCGUUGCAAUGUGCUUUUGUUUUUGUUUCACUCUCCAAUGUGCAUCAUUGACAUUGUAGAUGUUGCUGUUUGUACUGCGUGGGUGUACUCUUGACAAAAAGGAAACAUUAAAUGCAUACGCUACAACUCCUCUGACAUGAAUACACAUGCAUGGGAAAACGACACAGGCAUUCUUAGCUUUAUUUUAAUGUGUCACAUCGAUGUGGACCAUUCACCUCUAUUUCAUUAACUUGAUAUAAGUAAGACACUGAAUCUGUGUAUUUUAACAGGGGCUUUUACAACAAAACUACUUUAUUUCUUUCACUCUGCCUCUCAUUACAUUACACUGUCUCUUAGUAGUAUAAUAAUCAUUUGUAUUAAUGAUAAACUGAAAAAAUAGUUCUAAUGUCAAACACUUAAUUCAUAUUUUAGUUGUUUGUAUUUACAAACCAGCUGGCUGGUUUACUUUUUGUAUGCAGCAGAGAUGUAUGGGAAAACCUGUGCUCUUCUUGGUAACACUAAAAAAUCUAGUAUACAAUUUUUUUUGGUCUUCUCUAGAGUUAAAAUAAUUGAUUGUUUCUGAUUCUCCUGCUACUGAUUACUGCUACUGAGGGCUUGUUGUAUAUUCUACGUACUUGACUGUUUGUAACCAGAGUAGAACCAUGUUAACAUGAGGUUGUGCUGCCAUGAAUGGAGCGCCAAGGAUUUUAUCCUGCAUAUUUGAAAUAUGAAUGAAUCAACACAGGGCGAGAUUUCUCUGGUGCAGCACAUCAUCAGAUAUGUGUCAUUGCAUUUUAAAUCAGCCAGAGUAUCCCCUCCAUGUUGUGGGUUGAAGAACUUGGUACAGUAGGUAGAGGAUGGCAGUCAACACUCUGAGAUUGCUCUCUGAAAGAUAGAGGGGGAGUACUGUAAAUCACUUUCAUGGUUCAAAACCUCACAUGGGCCUUUCCUGAAGCUCAUCAGGAACCAUGAUUGAACGGGGACCAGAUAUGCUAUUCCAAGAUUCAUAACAGCACAUAGGUCUGGACAACUAUCUUGACUAUUGAAAUAAAUAAAAAAAAUUCUUCAGAUUUUCCAGAAUUAUUUUUUUAUUUUAAUUUUAUUUUACACUUACAGGAUUGCGCCAAAGUUUUCUCAUCUUCAUUUUUUCUUCUAAAAUGUAUUUAUUCUAUCACUUUAAACUCACAUGUGGAGGUACACUGUGGCAUGGUGAAUUGUAACUAUAUUUCUACACACUAUUCUAAUGUUUCCUAUUUGAGAUUGUAAUAGUAUAUAAUAGUCUAGUGGAACAGUGUAAAUGUCAUAUUUUGUGGAAAUAAAAUUAUUGUUGGGCAUCU